UUUAGUUGUUGGAAGCAUGAGCAAGAAAAACGAUGGAAGAAAAAAGGAGUCACUUUCUUUGGGACUGAGAGAUGUCUCGAAAUAUUCUAAAGCUAUAGCUAAGAGCAAACACCAAAAACAUGGACUGGCGUUCCAGUCAAGACAGCCCAAGAAGACUCGGAAUUUUUUGAAAUCGUCUGAGGUGACAGUAACAGUCAAUACAGAGGGGUUGAAAGUUAGAAAAAAAGCUGGAAGCGGAAAACAAGGAAGGAACCUGAAAUCAAAACACCAGGAGGAUAAAAGGGAGCUUGAGAAAGGAAAUGAUACGCUUAUUAGGACAAGUGUAGCUGAUACACUUGUUGAGAAGUCGUCUGAACAUAUAAUUGCUGAGAUGGAUGAUUCCAGUAUGCCUGAUGUUACGUUGAAGCGUCUAGACAAUUCUACUAGUGCAGAUGCUGAAGAUUUCUCGAUAGAGUUUUAUUAUCAAGAAGAUAAAGUAAAUGAGACCAAACAGAAGGAUGCUGACAAACAUCAUCAUGCCAGUAGAAUAAGUACUAAAGGCAAUGAUAGAAAAGAGCAUCAUAGUUCUAAGCCUUGUAAACACAAACUGGUGAAAUUUUAAAAUGUAUUAUUGUCACACUUUACUGCAUCACUUACAGACCAAGUUACACUGUCACAGUUGUUCAUUAUAUUGUUAUUGUUCUAAACAAUUCAGACUACUUUAAGUUAAGGUUGGGCAUUAUACAUAGUGAUAUUUGUAAAGAAGGCUUAGUACACUAAUAGCUGGAAAUGAGACAGAAAUCUAGACAUAAUGCUGUGACUGUAGGUUGUAUAAAGCACAGCACAAUAUGGAAAUGACCUAAUAAUAAGCAG